AUGAACUGGAUCUGUCCUCAUGCCACUCCCCUCGGACACCUCUGCUCCAGUCCUGCUGAGUCGCUUUUUCUUCCUCGACUCUCGAACUUUGUGAAACCCGGGCAGACUUUCCGGUUGACACACUGGAGUCAUCUGCCACCCUGGCCCCACAGCGGGACGGCCCCAUCUCCCUCACCUCCCUCACCCACUCCGCCACCAUCUCCUCCGCUCUCCCCCUCCUCCCUCCCCUCCCCCGGUACCGGCCCUGCCCCCCCAUUUGCCCCUUCCAGCGUUCGCCGAGCGGUAGAGGAUGGCGAGGGAAAAGAUGAGGAGGGGGCCCACGGCGGUCAGGCCUCGGCGGACUCUUUCUGCAGGGUGAUGGGUCUCCUUGGGAUGGGACAACGGCUCUUCGUGCCCAGGCUGCUGGCGACGUCUAAAGAGGACCUUUUGCAGGCGGAUUUUGAAGGAGCUCUCAAGUUCUUCAGGGUCCAGCUUCCUAAACGCUACAGAGCUGCAGAAAACGCCCGAAGGCUUAUGGAACAGGCCUGCAACAUCAAAGUAAGACCCAGGGUGAACGCCCACUGCAUUUCCUCACUUUAGGGCUGGGUGAUGUUAGCCAAAAAAAGAAGGAUGAGUAGAU